AUGAUGGAUGGAAUUUCACCGAAAUCUGCUCAGUUGGGUUUGGAUGCGGCCUCUUCACCACUCCCCGGUGAAGAACGAACAUUUUUAAUGCAGUCCCCACAGCGCAGUGCGACCGCAGCUUCUUACCACUUGUACCAUGGCCGCGCCAACGCAGCGGAGGCGGCGCCAUACCUCGUCGCGACACAAAGUCAUGCUUAUAUGAACUUGCCGCCUGCCAUUGAUGUGGAAACGGUUGAAGAGGCCAAGGCCAUGUUGGAGCAUUGGGAGGCAUGGAACUUUCAUAUUCAACAGCAACUGCAGCUUAACAGUAAACCAUCAUCCAUGAACAAGAUGGGCGACCAUGCGCCUGCUCUCGCUGCGGAUUCCCUUUACUCCCCGGCGUACCAUCUAACAGGAACAAAUGCUGAGACAAUUGUUGGCAAUUCACUUUGCAACAAUAUGACCGCAGAGCAUUCACAUCUUCACAAUGAGUUAAAGGUGGAGUUGGGACCCGCUGCAAGAGUGAUGAAGGCUUCAAAGCAUCCAUUUUCUGUUGCCACACGCACAACCGUUGCUACAGCUCAACGCAUGGUUCGACCCGAGUCGACUCGCCGCAGCCGUGCACUGCUAAUAAAAAGGGCGCUGGAGCUGGUGGGGAAGCCCCUGGGCCGCGCGGGCAGUGACGGCAACAACGGCGUGGAUAACUUUGAGCAGCCAUCAGCGGUGAAGCAGGCAUCCAAAGAUCGGGCUGACGUCGAAUCCCAGGCAAACUUGGAGGAUUCACUCACAGAAGCGGGGACUUUAGUAGAUUCCAAUUUAGAGGAAAUGAAGAUAAAGUCCGAUCCACUUGCUCUAGUGUGGCGACUGCAGCGGCGUCUUAGGGAGGAGACAUGGCGAUCGGCAACGGACUCACUGGCACACUUGGAAGCGAGUAACGGCGGCUCUAAGAAGGAUAAUGACAAAUUGUUGGCGUGGCCGGAACCCCCAUCCCGCCUGCAUCGGGAAUUGAGCCAUUACGAGGAACUUGGAAAAUUCAUUAGUUUGGUGCCCCUUGACUCGUUAUCUGUCACAGCACGCGGAAAAAUGCAAGGCGAGGAUAAUCACUCUAUGUGGCUCUCUCAAAUUCAUGCUAGUCCAAAAGGUGCGGUGAUAAGUAGAGGGGAGGAAUACGCUCAGCAGCCUGAGGAAAAUAAGGAAACUGUUAAUGAUGAAAGUUCUUCAGAUGAUUCUCCACCACGUGGCUUUCCAACAGUACUUUUGAGACAGAGUGCCGUGGCUAUUCUUCCUACGCUUCAAACAGCAGUAGGUGAUUUGGAUUCCGAAAGCGGUGACUCUGUGGCGGAGGUGACACGUGAAUUUCUAGAGGCAACAAGAAGUCGAGAUGAUACGUAUGGGGAACUUGAAGAGGUGGUUGGUAAGGCUGAGCACUCUGGGCCUUCCGUGAGAACGGCUACGCAGUCAGAAGAAUUUGGUGAGGUGAAAUCGAUGGCUGUAGAAGAUGAGAAAGAGUGCACAACAACUUUAACGGAUGCAGCUUUUGUUGCAAAGGGGGAGGAAAGUGAGGAGGAUGCACUGGAAACAUCCGGGAAAGAUGAGAAGGAAGGGAUUAUGUUGCUUGCCAACGAUAAGGGCCAACAUAUUUCUGAAAAAGGGGCUGCGAGCCAGAGCGAAUGCAAAAACUCUUCAAUGGUUUCUGAAGACUUACAGAAUGGUUGCAUUACUAAUUUUGAUGACAUUUGUGCCAUGCGUGAGUUAAAAGCCGAGGAAUAUACGAACCGCAUUUCUCUCGUUAUGGAAGAGAGUUUGCAAAUGAGUGAACUCUGCAUUUUGAGUCGUUCAGUGGCGAUGAAAUUUGCAAAAGGAUCUUGUGCUGAUUUUAGGCAUAACUCCGUGAAGGAAGAAAAGUCCGUUUCGGCGUCCAUUAUAGGAACGGAAGAUGUUUUGGGAAAUGGAAAUGAAAUGGCUAGUAAAAUGAUGCCACAGCGGUGGAUUGAAAGAAUUUUGUUUAGCCCUCAUUUUUACCAGUCACGUCCUCGACGCUGGCGCUCCAAAAGACGAAGGGGAAAAGUCCGCUCCCGAUGUUUGACAGGCCUUCAAAAGAACUCUGGGGACAUUGAAAAGAAGUUGCAGGCAGAAACCUUGAAGAAGUGCUUGAAUGAGGCACUGAGUGCAGUGCAGGAGGCCCGUGUGGAGAUCAACACCGAAGCGCAACGUUUCUCUAAGGAGAAAGCUGAGAUGGAGGAAUCCUUUAUGGAGCUCCAGGAAAAUUUAGCGGCGAAGGAUCAAACCAUUAAUACCCUCCACUCCUCAAUUCAGGAUUCGCAUUUGGUCAUUGACCAGCUCAAACGGCGAAUUGAUGGGAAUGCGAGGGAAUCUGCAGCUAUUGAAAAAAUUAUACAGGUGACAGUCGCAGAACUCCGCGUUGCGAACGACGCAUUGGAAUCCGCAGCAGAAAAACACGAGAAUGCAUUGCGUGCUCAGGCAGAGUUAUUUGGAGCACGAUUGUGUGAGACAAUGAUUCUGCUGCAGGAGGCGCGUAAAAAGUCGGAGGAGGAACUUCAUUGUGAGAGGGAUAAAUUUGUCGCUUUGGAGCGUGCGGCGAACGUCCGCCUGACGGAACUGCAAAGCAAGUUAUUGGAAUCAACUGCAACAGAGCAACGAGCAUUGAGACUUGCAGCGGCACUGGAGCGGGCAUUGUUGCUAGCCAAGAGCUCUGUCGAGAAACACGUCGCGGAAAAGAAAUUGAUUUCCCUUGAACUGUUUGAUGUGGAGGAACGUCUCUGGAGCGCGCGGGGACAAACCGCUGCAGCUGUGGCGGUCAUAGGUCGAUGCGUACUUAUUUCACUUAUCCAGCGUUGCUUCAGUAGAUGGAUGCGCAAGUGUCGUGAGUCAAAAUGCCGCACGCUGGAGCGUGUGCAGCGCGAAAACAACGAGCGGCGACGUGAGUUGAUAUUGUGGUGUGACCACGUUUGCUUCCCGGAUAUCGCCGCUGUGCCGGUGCGACGCACCAGGCAACCAGUGAUAUCGUCUAACGUUUCAUGUGAGAAAGCGCCUGUGUCUCUCACUGCCGUCGCGGGGGCACGGGCAAAGCGCAUUGGAUCGGCUCCCGCCGUUGCCAUGGAAGCAUCGGAGCCGCGUAUUUCAGGAGAGACGCUUCCUCGUUUUUGCGAUGUCACCAAACAAAUGGCACAUGAGCGGCAGCGAGCGGCGGCGCUUUUAGCGGAACGGGAUGCCUUGCGCGACGCACUCCGGGAAAGCAGUGCCGCGAAUAGUGAGUUACUUCACCAAUUGGAGGUGACCCUGCGUGGUAGCACAGCUCCACAAUAA